AGUGGCAGCAUUAUUUUUGUUCAGUGGACUGCUGUCCUGUCCACCGCCCCUCACCCUGCUGCUUUGCCCGGAUCUGGACUUGCUUUAGCUUCUUUUGGGAUAACACACUCUUUCUCUCAUUUUCAGCUAUUGUGGAUUUGAGAAUCCUUAGUUGUGAGCUGGUUAAGUAAAGAACAGUCAACGUAUAAAUUGGCGGAGUGGCCCUCAGGAUGUCAGGAUCAUUACACGUGACGCAGAAGCUGCAGCAUCAGCAGCAGCAGGAACAGCAGCAGCAGCAUCACUUUGAGAGCAGCUGCUACCUGAGCAGCAAGUCGGCUGUUAGCCAGCAGUCGUUCUCUACUUACAAGACCAGCAGCCGUCGCGUGAAGACCACUGUGAAGACAGCGAAGGGGCAGGCGGUGGUUAAACUGAGCCCGCUACCCAAGAGAGCCAAACGCACCUACUUGGCAAUGGACUCGGACAAAGAAGUUAUCGGCUAUGUCAUUCCCGUAUUUAGAGCCAACCAUGAAGUUGUUCGUGGUCUGAUGGAGGCCCAGGACGAGCAGGUUACGGAGGAGGGGAUUAACUAUGUGGCCAUGAGGAACCUGUUUGUCAGGGAGACCAGCGAGGCUAUGGAGGUUAAAGUGGAGAAGAAAACCAGAACAAUGCAUAUCAGGGAAUCUGCUGAACGUGUGCAACUGAACAGGACGAUGGAGGAGAGGGCAGAGUUCCGUAAGAAGAUGAACACAGACAGCCUGAUACACCUUCCAGAGUUUAUCGUCAAGCCCCGUGGACAGACCGUCUGGGAGGGCAAGACUGUCAAGCUGCACUGCACUGUGGCUGGAUGGCCUAAACCCAGGAUUGCCUGGUACAAAAACAAUGUGCUCAUUGAUGCCAAGGCCCACCCCGAGAAGUACACGGCCGAGAGCAGUUACAACAUGCACUCCCUGGAGAUCAAGAACUGUGAUUUCAUCGACACCGCUCAGUAUUACGCCUCUGCCCUCAAUGUGAAAGGGGAAGCAUCCUCUGUGGCUACUAUUGUUGUCAAAAGGUUCCAGGAGGGCGUGGAAGCCGGCCCACUUGAUCCUAAACCACAUGGAUUCUGCGCUGAACACGGUGUCACCUUUAGAACAACCAUCCUUGAACAAUUCGAAGUGGCCUUUGGCCGUGAAGGCGAGACGAUGAGUCUUGGCUGCACUGUCAUCGUUUAUCCCACAGUGAAAAAAUACCAGCCUGAUGUCGUGUGGUACAGAAACUCUGUCCCGUUGAAGCCCUCUAAAUGGGUACACACCCACUGGUCUGGGGAGCGUGCCACACUCACACUUAUCCACCUCAACAAGGAAGAUGAGGGCAUGUACACCAUGCGUAUCAACACCAAAUCUGGCUUUGACACCUACUCUGCUUAUGUGUUUGUCAGAGAUGCCGAUGUGGAGGUGGAGGGGCUUCCCGUGGCCCCUCUGGAUGUGUGCUGUCAUGACGCCAACAAGGACUAUGUGGUGGUGACCUGGAAGCAGCCAGCGGUGGAGGGCAGCAGCUCCAUCCUGGGAUACUACAUCGACAGGUGCGAGGUCGGCACUCACCACUGGGCUCAGUGUAACGACGCCCCGGUGAAGUACGCCCGCUUCCCUGUCACAGGACUGGUGGAGGGGCGUUCGUACACCUUCAGGGUGCGAGCCUUGAACAAGGCCGGAGUCAGCCGUCCGUCCCGUGUCUCCGAGGCCGUGGUUGCCAUGGAUCCCUCUGACAGAGCCCGCCUCAGAGCUGGCCCCUCAGCUCCUUGGACUGGGAUUAUCAAGUUCACAGAGGAGGACACCACCGUGGGCGUUGUCCCCGGAGAACCCUCUGAUGUUGUGGUUACUGAGGCGACCAAGAGCUACGUGGUGCUCGCCUGGAAGCCUCCGGUGCAGAGAGGUCAUGAAGGAGUCAUGUAUUACAUUGAGAAGUGUAUUUCAGAGACAGACGUCUGGCAGAGGGUGAACACCGGCAUGCCAGUCAAGUCUCCACGCUUUGCCCUGUUUGACCUGGCAGAGGGUAAAUCCUACAACUUCCGGGUGCGCAGCUGCAACUCUGCUGGUGUGGGCGAGCCCUCUGUAUCCACAGGAGAGAUCACGGUCGGAGAUAAACUGGACCUGCCCUCCACUCCGGGCAAUCCGGUGCCCAUCAGGAACACCGACACCUCCGUGGUGGUCUUCUGGGGGGCCUCUAAGGAUGUCAAACACCUGGCCGGCUACUAUAUCGAAUACAGCGAGGUGGGCACCAAUGAGUGGAUGCCUUGCAACAACAAACCUGUCAAGCAGACGAGAUUUGUGUGCCACGGCCUCACUACCGGGACAAACUGCGUGUUUCGGGUGAAGGCAGUCAACGCUGCUGGUUACAGCCAGAGCUCCUCCGAUUCUGAAGCUGUGGUUGUGCAAGCUGCCAUCUCCACACCUGGAAAGCCCACUGGUGUGACCCUGCAGGAGGCUGUGAAGGACUACAUGCUGCUGGCCUGGAGCGAGCCUGCUAAAAAUGGAGGAGCUGAUAUUCGGGGAUAUUUUGUGGACUACAGGACCGUGAAGGGAGACGUUGUUGGAAAAUGGCAUGAAAUGAACCACAAGGCGUUGACUACUACCUCCUUUAAAGCUGAGAACCUGAAGGAGAACCUCUUCUACCAGUUCCAGGUGCGCGCUAUGAACAUGGCAGGUGUGAGUAAAGCCUCUCUGCCCAGCUCAGCUCUGGAGUGCAAGGAGUGGACGAUAACUUUGCCAGGUGCUCCUGUUGGCCUUCAUAUUCUGGAGGUCCGUGACACCUCUGCCGUGAUCCUGUGGGAGGCGCCGGCAUUCAAUGGCCGCACUCCUGUCAAUGGCUACUAUUUGGACACCAAGGUGGCCUCUGCUGGAGAGGGAGGCUGGAAGGCUGCUCACGAGAAGACCAACAAGCUGACACACAUGAAGGUGACAGCGCUGAAGGCUGGUACAUCCUACGUCUUCCGUGUGCGUGCACAAAAUCUUGCUGGAGUUGGAAAGCCCUCGGCAGCCUUAGGUCCAAUCCUGGCCCAGAGUCGCCCUGGCACCAAAGAGAUUUAUGUGGAUGUGGAUGAUGAUGGUGUGAUCUCUAUGGUCUUUGAGUGCUCUGAGAUGAAGGAGGGCUCCGAGUUUGUUUGGUCCAAGAAUUACCAGAAUAUAACAGACACCUCUCGUCUGACUAUUGUCACUGAAAAGGGCAAGUCCAGAGCGAUCUUCAACAGUCCCUCUCUGGAGGAUCUGGGCACCUUCUCCUGUGUGGUCACCAACACUGACGGCUUCUCCUCCAGCUACACCCUCACCGAAGAGGGUCUCAUGCGUCUUCUGGACAUCAGCCACGACCACAAGUUCCCUGUUAUUCCCUUUAAGAGUGAAAUGGCCAUGGAGUUGCUCGAGAAGGGUCGCGUGCGUUUCUGGACCCAGGUGGAGAAAUGCUCUUCCACCUGCCAAGUGGAGUAUGUCUUCAAUGAUGUCAUCAUUUCUGAGGGAAAGAAAUACACAAUAAACUUCAACAAGUCUACCGGCAUCAUUGAAAUGUUCAUGGACUCUCUGGAGGUCACUGACGAGGGAACGUACACCUUUAACCUGGUGGAUGGCAAGGCUAAGGGUACAACCAGUCUGGUGCUCAUUGGAGAUGAGUUCAGAGAGCUUCAGAAGAAAUCUGAAUUUGAGAGGGCAGAAUGGGUCAGGAAACAGGGUCCUCACUUUGUCGAGUACCUUGACUUCACUGUUACUCCAGAAUGUGACGUGCUGUUGAAAUGCAAGAUAGGAAAUGUAAAACCAGAGACUGAGAUCACCUGGUCCAAGGACAAAAUUGAGAUUGCAGAGGAUGAUGAGGACGCGAAGAAAAUCAAGAGACAGGAUGGCAAUCUGAUCUUUAAUAUCGGAAAGAUCUCCAAGGCAGACACAGGUGUUUACGGGGUCACCCUGAGGGACGAGAGAGGCAAAGAUAAGAGCACCUUCAAUCUGAUGGAUGAAGGAUACAAAGCUGUAAUGAAUGAGCUGUUCAGGGUUAUUGCCAACUCCUCCUCUGAAAUCAAAGUCGUCAGUACUGAACACGGCAUCAUCUUCUCCUCCGUGGUCACAUAUUACAAUGAGGAGCUGCGUGUCGGUUGGCUCCAGAAAGAGACUAAGAUUGCCACCUCAGAGAGAGUUAAGUCUGGAGUCACAGGAGAGGAGCUCUGGCUGAAGAUCAAUGAGCCCACUGAGAAGGACAAGGGCAAAUACUCCAUGGACAUCUUUGAUGGCAAGGACGGUGUCAAGAGAGUCUUUGAUCUGAGUGGCAAAGCAUGGGAAGAGGCAUUUGAAGAAUUCCAAAGGCUCAAGGCGGCAGCAAUCGCAGAGAGAAAUCGCGCUCGUGUCGUUGGAGGCUUGCCAGAUGUGGUUGCGAUCCAAGAGGGCAAGUCCCUCAACCUGACUGGCAAUGUCUGGGGCGAGCCCGUACCUGAGGUAAGCUGGAUAAAGAACGACAAGGAGCUGGUAUCUGAUGAGCGCUACCAACUCAAAUUCGAGCACGGCAAGUUUGCCAGCAUCACAAUCGCCUGUGUCACCACGGCUGACUCUGGCAAAUACGCGCUCCUGGUUAAGAACAAGUACGGCAAAGAGGCUGGCGAGUUCACAGUCAGCGUCUACAACCCAGAGGAGGAGGAGAAGAAAGGCUAAAGGAUGAUGCAAUGAAGGAAAGCAGAAAAGAUGAACGACUGGGCUAUCUCCAAAGCGUUUUACCCCGGCACAUGCCGGUGCACAGAGCAGUUUAAAUAAAUGAUUAAUACAGCUGCUUCCUCCUGCGUCUUUCAUGUGCUGGGCUAAAGAGCUUUGGGCAUUGCUUGUGGAGGAAGCAAACAAUGGAUGUGAUAUGGAGAGGAUAAUCGUGUGCUUGUAGUUGCGUGACAUAUUUUCUGACCCGAUCAGCAGUAAAUGUAAACGUGUAAUCAUGGGAGAUGGUUGACCUAUCAUUAAUCUUUGUUUUAGCAAUGAAGGCCAGCAAAAGCAAGGCGUGGUGUUCUUAAACUAUUACAGAAUUACUUUUGAAAAACCUUUUCACCUCUAAAACCAAGUCAUGCCUGAGGUUUAUGCACUGUAAAAAAAAAAAUAAUAAAGAAAAAAUAAUGUCAUGAACUUCCUACCAGCUAUUUGCUUUGUGUUGUGAGACAAUGGAAAAAU